GCUGCCGACAUAACGAAGGUGCUGACCCACGCUUUCGAGGAAGUGCAUUUCAAUGUCGAGGCAACGGCCCAGGUAGAUCAGUGGUCCACAGAGACCAGCGGUUGCACUGCGGUUGCCACUCUCUGGAAGGGGAACCAGGUUUACAUUGCGCACGUUGGCGACUCCCGCUGCGUCAUCGGAAGCAAGUCCCAAAUUCUGCAUGAAAGUGCUGACCAUAAGCCUUCCAAUGCAGUCGAGAAGCAGCGCAUCGAGGAGAAUGGAGGUGAGAUCCACACCGAGGUGUACCCUGAUGGCUGGACGGAGCACCGAAUCUUUGUGAAGGGCACCGACAAGCCAGGACUCAGCAUGAGCAGAAGCAUCGGUGAUCAGAUUGUGAAGCCCAUCGGUGUCAUGCCGACACCAGAGGUCAGGAAAGUGGAGAUCCGCAAGGAGGAUGAACCAUUCAUGGUACUCGCCUCGGACGGCGUGUGGGAGUUUCUCACCUCG